CUCCAGAAGUUCUCGCCCAGAAGCCGUACAGUAAGGCCGUGGACUGCUGGUCCAUCGGAGUGAUCGCCUACAUCCUGCUGUGUGGUUACCCUCCAUUCUACGAUGAGAACGACUCCAAGCUUUUUGAACAAAUCCUGAAGGCCGACUACGAGUUUGACACUCCGUAUUGGGACGACAUAUCAGACUCAGCCAAGGAUUUCAUCGGCAGUCUGAUGGAAAAGGAUCCAGAAAAGCGUUUCACCUGCGAUCAGGCGCUCAGACACCCCUGGAUUUCCGGGGAUACAGCACUCUGCAAGAACAUCCAUGAGUCAGUGAGCCGGCAGAUCAAAAAGAACUUCGCCAAGAGCAAAUGGAGGCAAGCGUUCAAUGCCACCGCCGUGGUUCGGCACAUGAGGCGGUUGCAGCUUGGUAGCAGCAUGGGGAGCAGCAUGGACGCCUCCAACCUGCCGACCAGGCCGAGCCAGACGGGCCAGAGCCAAAACACGGGCCAGGCGACGCAGAGCCAGGGCGCUAACACAGCCGCUAACACAGAAAACAACGUAGCAGUUCCCCACAAAGAAAAUGCUGCUGCCCCGGUCACUCCCUGCAGUCUGGCGUCUGCAGCCUCCUCUCCCGCUGCCGGGGCCGAUCUGACCCAGCAACACCCCACGGUGGUCACCCCCCCGAUGCUCACAGAGACCAAGUGACGCCAGGUCCCGCGGAGAACUAGCUGGGAGGCCACAGCACUGUGAGGUAGAGAGACAGAAAGAGACGGAGGAAGACUUUGUUUCUCCCUCUCCUCACUGCUUUUCCCCCAGCAAGUUCCCCGCCCUGCUCCCAGGAGAGCAGAGGACUUUACCUUCACCCCGCUGAUACUGUACACCCACUGCUUCCCCACCAGGACGCCAUGUUGGAUUCCUCCAGCCACAACGACACAUGGUGACAAACAUUAGGAGGAUGUUUGGAAGCCCAGCUUGAAUUGGUUGCUGGUAAAUUAUUUGGGGCGUCGCUGGCACAAGCUUGAGCCGUGAUUGGUGGUUGACGGUGGGGCCGUGUUAUCCUAUCAUUCAAUUUCCUUUUUUAAUCUGGUCUUUGCUGCACCACUUUAUUUAGCCUUUUUCCAAACAAGGAAUGAGUGUUGACAACUGGAUUGUUUUAUUUCAUAUUAAUGUAAAUGUAAAAGGUGGUAUAUGUAACUUUUCAAAAAGCAAGCACAUUAUUGUCAAAUUGAUCUUGCCACUCUGAUCGAAUUUAGUUUAAUCAACACUACAAUUGGCAGCCAAAUGUGACCUGGUGACUGUGUAAUUCAGAGGCUUAAAUAACUUUACAAAUGUAGCAGCUAAUGGGACAACGAUUCAUUCAUGUUUAAAAGCUACAUAUAUCAUCUUUAGGUGUUUUAUGUUCUUAUUGGCUUUUUUGUGUUUGUUUGUGCUUUAAACGUACCAUACGACUGUUGAGAUGUGGAACCACGAGUAAGCGCUACAAAGGGUCAGGUGAGCCUCUUGUGUUUAUCACAGAGGACGUCAGAGCAUUGUGUGACUUAUUUAUUGUCCAAAAGAUACUGAUCUGUCUAUUAUUUUCUUUCUUCAUAAGACUUUUAUAACAAUCACCUUUUAAGGGACACAUACAGGUUAUAUGAUGAGCAUGAAGCAGGUUUAGUAUAGGGUCGUUUUUGUUUCUGCCUCCAGUUGAGAAUGUAAGGAACUACAAGUUAGCUUGGCCUUCGUAUUCCUUUACAAACAGUGCAGUGCAGUUUGAAGAGGGCCACAAAACACAUGAUAUUUCACUUACUAUGUCCCACAGGGGUCUUCAGAGUAUUUGACCUGUGUGAUGAAAAUCCAAGAUGGAGAAGCUGUUGCCUGCUGGUCCUGCGCCUUCUAGAGAAGCCAUGAUAUCACCCUUUAGCAUCGUCAAGCUGCACCCAGUUCAGAAGUGCUCAGGGAAAGCUGCGGCUGCACUGUGAGCUGGUGGAAAUAUAUUUCCUGUUAUUUGGUCCAGGUACCGAGCCAUCACAGAUAUGAUCUGGGGCUUACGUUGUUAGAUGUGUCCUUAUUGUAGUGUUGUAAUGACUCGUCAUUUAAAUACUUGAUUCCAGCUUCACUUUUAGCAUUUGCUCUUCGCUCAUCAUGAGGUUGGGCGCAGAGUCGUACGGUGAAACAGCUAGUUAAGUUCUGUUUCUAUGGUUUCUACGUCAAAAGGUCAGCGGAAAAAGGUAAAAGUGGAAGUCAUUUGAACUUUCAGCACUGCAACAUUAUCGAGCCAUGAGCGUCACCUUAGUUGGACGGUAAAGCUCACUCCAUUGAAACACAACGGCAACGCCAGCCCAGAGCCUUUUUACCGUUUGUCAUGUGAAGGCAGCUUUAAACUUGGACCUAGACGUUUUGAACUCUCAGACUAAAAGGUGUUUUUUACUUGAUCAGCAGCAUUUUUGGUCCAUUUUGUUUUGUUAAUAACAUCCUGAACUCUGGAUCAGCACGCCAGAGCUCUUAGACAUAAUUGGACAGAACUACCAAAACAACAGUGAGGAUUAGUUGGUUGUUGCUUGAUCCAAGAGCAGCUGUUGGGAAUCCUGGUUAGCGUAGCAUGGUUCUCCAACUUAAAUGAGAUGGUCCAGAGAUGGCUAGUAGUUGCUGUUCAAUGGAUCAUUAGGUUUGAGAUGACGGACUGACUUUAUCUUGAGCUGUUUUUGAUGGAGCCUUCUCAUGAUUCCACAAGCUUUCACAGUCUAUCGUUACUGGUGGAAAUUUCAGUUAAGACAGAACUGUACAAUGUUGAAUGCUCACACAUCAGAUUGUCAUGAUGCAAUUCUUCUGAUCCCUUUAUUGUGAAAUGUAGCCAAAGACCAGUGCUAGAAACAAAGACAUUUGGUUUGUGCUACUGGGUGAAUUGGCGAAUACAGAACUAGUCAGAUAUGAAGCUGUUCGAGACACAAGUCGACUAAAACUAAGGGCUGAACUCCAGCUGCAAAUUCAUCUGGAGAAAACAUGUAUUCACUUUGUUCCUUACCUAAUCUGUAGCCAUUUACCUUUUCUUUUUUUUUUACACAGAGUGCUGCAAAGUGCUUAUGGCAAAAAAACAGUAAGUACCUUUUGGCUGGUUGAGUCGUUGUGUGUGAUAAGUUCCACUGAAGUUGACCAGAACAAACUCUGACAAGACAUGUGUGAAUGCUAUCCAAUCUAUGUUUUCUUCAUCACCUCAUACAUUGUGAAUAUUGAACUGGCAUUGAUGCAAAGACACAUAAUGGCAGUUUUCCCAGCAACUAAUCCAGUCAAAAUAUAGGUUUAGUUCAUAGUGCUAGGGGUAGUUGUGAACUGAAGGCCUGUUAGGCUGAUUUAUUUUGUUAUUUAUUAAGUGCAGUCAUAGAGAAAGUUAACGUUGCACAUGGACACAGUUCACCUUUCAGAAACAUAUUUUGAAUGUGAAAGUUUUGAGCAGGGACUCCAUGGACUCUAAAGAGAGUCCAUGGAGUUAUAUUGUUUUACUUCUUAGGGGAACUUAAAACCAUGUAAGGGCUUUACUUAUUAUGAUCACCUAAUCGGAUAAUUCACUGUAACCAUAAUACAAACCACUUGAUUGCUAUGCAUUCUUUUUUACAGUGUGUCGCCAAAAUAUUUUAGGAGGAAUUAGGAAACUUCAGCACCUAUAGUUCAUAAAGAUAAAACAUUUACAUUUUAGGGGGAUAAAAAAGUGCAUUAGUGUUUUUGAAUGAAAUCCAUUUAAAAUUGUCAUACAUGUUUUUUAUGUGGCAAAAAAUAUAUUAUUGAAUGGUCAACAAACAAACACCAUAAGAAUAUGCUCUUAACAUUGGAAAUGGAAAUGUGGUUUACCAACAGGACGAGGGUUCAGUAUUAGGCUGCUCUAGGUCUUUAUGUCUGCUGUUUAAAGAUUCAUGAAUGAAUCUUAACAUCUCUCGUGUAAAUAGAUUGUGAAUAUGAAUAAUAAUUUUCAAGAUAAAAUGUACCGAUGGUUUGCUGUUCAAGCAUGUGAGAGGGAGUGAGUGUGUCGAGGAAAGUUGAUUGUAUUCUCUAUAGAAUGUUUAAUGUUAAAAUAGGUGUCAUGUAUUCUGUCCCACACGAGACUGAGAGCUACACAUCACGUGUAACGCCAUCACUGUUGCAGUGUCACGUCAAUCACCAAGUGAUCGCAUCUUUAACUGAACUCAGGCUGUCAUUUCUGCCAUUAUAACGGAAGAAAUCCAAAGCUGUGACCGAAUCAGACACACACUGUUAAGGAGGAGCGGCGCUCGUCCACCCUUUCGCCUUUUUUUUUACCAAGAUGCUAUCACAAAAGAUUAAAAAACACAUGCAUGUUGAUAGAAGUGCUUCAAAGAUUCAACUUCACCAUGAGUGUUUGCAUAAUCUUAUAUGCCCUUGUACAAUGUUAGUAUCUGUAUUAUGUAAAGAUUUACACAGGUUGAGAUAUCCCAGUUCACCUAGUAGCAGAGUUUCACCUCCACAAACAGUUUCCAUAGGUGGAAAUAUUUGGGAUAACUAGCAUUUAUCAAGAGAACAAAAACGUCUGCUUGUAAGAGGGAAUUCCAGCUGAUUUCCUGCAUACAUGAAUGAUAUGGCAAGAACGUCAAUUAUUAAAAUAAAGUUUUUUCCAUUUGAAUUGUAUGACAUGGAAUAUUGCCUUAUUCAUGACAUAGAAUAUGACUAUUUACUAAACAAGGACAUGAAGCUAUUAGCUUGUAUGGCUUCAACUGAGGCUACUUAGCUAGCCGUGGAUGUUAUGCUGAGUUUAACACAGUAAUAUAUUUGCUAUGUUUGCUAAGUUCUACAUCUGAAGGUAUCUAGAAAUGAGACAAAGAAUUUACUCAUAUGUAAGUUAAGCGAAUACUUGAUAAAGUUUGUUGCUAAACACUUUAGUAGUCACAAUAUUAGCAAUAUCUCUCAUGGAGGGAAAGAGUUGCUAGGUUUGUUAGUUGCAAUGCUAGCAGCUGCUAACGCAACUAAUGAGAGCAGCUCUACCUCUGAAAACUGUUUGUGGGACUAAAACUUGAUACUUGCUGUUGUUAGGGACCCAGUGUCUCCCUGUGGGUGUCCUGUCCAGAGCCGGCAUAUUGUAUUUACUCUCUGCAUGUGACCACAACUCCCAUCCUGUGCACCGCCGUCACUCAGAGGACACCCUCCUUCCUCAGAGCGCACUAAUUGUUCUACGAUGUUGAUGACUCUUUGUUAAUGGGGCUUGUAUAUCAGAUGCCUUCGACAAUCAUGUGCACAUAUCAGAGUUACCAUGAUGACACAGGCCAGAAAGACUGAUUGUGAUUUGUUUGUCUUUGUCCUUGAAUAAAUCCGAAUGGUCGAAA